CCCAGGACAGGGGUGGGUGGCCAGAAGCAGCUCCAGAACGAGGCAGAGAGGACUUCCAGGAGCGAGGGCAGCCAGGCGGAGGCCCAAGGACCAGGCCAGGCGAGAGGGAGCCAGGCAGGGGCCAAGGCAGGAAGGGGCCAACGCUGCCAGGCCGGCAGAGAGACGCGUGAGGGGUAGAUAGGGGGCAGGGAGAGGAAGAGGGCAGAGGGAGGCCUGGGGUGUCUGUCCACAGUUGCCCACCAAGCCCCUUGGAGUGCGCAGGGGCGGCUGCGGGGAUGAACUUUGCCGUGGGCUUCAAGCCGCUGUUGGGGACUUCGCAGAGCAUGGACAACCUGGAGAAGCAGCUCAUCUGCCCCAUCUGCCUGGAGAUGUUCACCAAGCCGGUGGUCAUCCUGCCCUGCCAGCACAACCUCUGCCGCAAGUGCGCCAACGACAUCUUCCAGGUGAGGGCCAGCGGCAUCUCCGCACCUGCCCGGCCAGCUCUCAGCUCUGGGGUGGAAGUGGGUGGGUUUUGACGCCCCCCGAGUUAUCCAGCAGGGAGGGCGUCACGGCCAGCGACUCUCCUCCUUUGCUCUUUGCUGUGAAUCUGCCUGAGGUAUUUCAGAACAACUUGAGCCAAAGCAAAAGUGGAGAGGAGCCGCCUGCCCCAAAGAAGACUUUGAGGUGUGGGGAGAGAGCGGGGGGGGGGGCAGGAGGAUGAGUGGGCUAAGGAGGGUGGGGGGCUCAGGCACUGGACACAGCUCCUGGAAGGGGGACGUGAUCAGGAGAGCAGCACUGGCUGGCGGUGCACAGAAGCAGGGCGGUGGAGUGGUCAGAGUGCCGGACUCGGACCUGGGAGAGACUCGGGUUCGAAUCUCCCUCUGGCCAUGAUGUUCAAUGGGUGGUCAGUCGUGGCCUAACCUACCCGGCAAGGGUGUUGGGCAGAUCAAAUGGGGAGGAGAACGAUGUACAGCCCCUUGAGGUCCUGGGAGAAAAAGGUGGGAUAAAAUGACAAUCCCUGGCCCCCUAAUGAGGAAGAGAGGGGGAAAUGGAGGUGAUGGGGAGGAGCAGCCGGGUGUGGAAGGCAGAUGGCUCUCCAGCAGAUAUUCUUGAGCUGUGAUUCCUGUGUUGAGGGGGCUGGACUAGAUGACCCUUGGGAGUCCCUUCCAACUCUACAGUUCUCUGAUUCUAUAUAUGCGACCUGCAUUAGGCUUCCUCCAUCUUCAGCUGCUCUGAUGUGUGUGUUCAGGCAUUCGCACAUCAACAUCGUUGCUUCCUGCAAGUAAUGAGGUCAGAAGAAAAUGAAAUGCAGGGCAGAUUAAGUUAACUAAGAACAAGUCAUCAAUAGCACAGACAUUAUUCAAAGCCUGGCUGCUGGAUCAGGCCCACGGCCCACGUAGCGCAGCAUCCUGUUUUCACAGAUGCCCAAAUGGGAAACCACCAGGCAGGAGCCCCCUCCCCGCUUGUGGUGUCCAGCAACUGGGAUUUCUGUGGAAGCAGAGCCAUUCUGGCCAGGAGCCAUUGAGAGCCUCUCUUCCCCCAUGAAUGUGCCCAGUUCAAGUUGGUGUCCCUGGCUGUCUCCUGUGGGAGGGAGUUCCAUAGUUUAACUACACAUGGCGGGAAGAAACACUUUCUUUCAUAAAUUCUGAAUCUUCCAAUAUCCAGCUUCCUUUAAUGUCCACAUCUUCUGGUGUGAUGAAAGAUAGAGGAAAACUUUUCUUCAUUCUUUUUCUCCAGGCCAGGCAUCAUUUUAUAAAUUUCAGUGUCCCGAUCCAAUGCGUGAGGCUUUUAGCCUCUUGAUAAAUUGCAAUUCUGUGGUUUCCUGUUGCAGCCUCCCUUCUGAAGUUCUUUUGUUCCAGGAUCUGGUCAUGUAAGGUCAGCUCCAGUCUUCUAGGCGGUCAAAAUGUUCCCUCGCUGUUCUUUUAAUAUUGCCAUUUCUGAUGACGGAUUUGUAUCCAUUUAUACUUUUAGGUUUGCAAUGUGCAGAAGGGGCCUUGUUGGCAGGAGAAGGCAGGCAUUGCAAUGCAUGAAUCCCAGAUGCUGUGGGUGGCAGGAUUAGGCCCUGUACAGUGUCUCUACUCUGGAGAUACUAGUAUGGGACCUAAUCCUGCCAGGAUGAGGACAAAGCGGGUCUCUGGGUCUGGGUCUCUUGUCUGUAAGAAAGUGGAGUCCUGCAGCCCAAGGCCUGUCAGAAGAGAGCGUCUGUCGUUGCCCAGGAUGGUUUUAAAUGGGACCUUUGGAAGUCCUAUGGAGCAACCUUCUUUUCUGCUGCUCCAGAGAGGAGGACCCAGGCCAAUAGAUUCAAAUGUCAAGAAGAGAGAUUCCACCUAAACAUUAGGAAGAACGUCUUGAUGGAAAGAGCUGUUCAACAGUAGAACGGUCUCCCUUGGGAGGAGGUGGACUCUCCUUCCUUGGUGGUUUCUAAGCAGAGGUUGGAGGGCCAUCUGUCAUGGAUGCUUUAACUGAGAUUCCUGCAUCUCAGGGGGUUGGGCUGGAUGACCCUUGAGGUCCCUUCCUACUCUAUGAUUCUUUAAGUGGGAGCAAGUGGGGACCUGUCAUUCUCCUUCCACAUCUGAUUCUUCCUUCCUGGGAUCCCCCUAUUCUGGAGUUCCCUCCACUUAGUUGGGUGGGUAUUCCAGUCUGAGGAAUGCCUGGCGUACAUUUUUUUGUUGUGAGCUUCUGACGAGUCUGAACAGAUGCCGUUCCCUCGGAGGGCUUGGCUGUGGACAAUGGAUUUUGUGAUGUGCUUUGGAUGGGAGCCAAAAGCAGGUCAGCAUGCAAAGCAGGCAGUAGGUUUCCUAUUUAAGGUGAGGUUUAUUUGUCCAUUAUGUAGGCGGAGAAGAGUGGACCUCUUUUGUGGAGCAGUCUAGGGAAGAAGUUCCCAAACCUUUUUCUUUUUGGAGGGGGCACCCCUCCCCAGUGCCCCCCACCCUACCCUUGACUGGUUGGUUGGAGGAGUACGCCUCUGUGGUGAAGACAAAAUGUUGGGAGGUUGCAGAGCCUACUUUGGCUGUAGAGACUGAUGCAGGAGAGACAUAUUUUGUGGCAGCUGAGGCAAGCCACUAAGGAAGAGAACAACUUGAGGAAAUUCAAAACAGGAAGAAUUAAUUGUAUUCAAAAUCCAGUAUACCUGAAGGAGUGUCUCCACCCCCAUCCCAGAUGCUGAGAUCCAGCUCCAAGGGCCUUCUGGUGGUUCCCUCCCUGCGAGGACCAGGGAACCAGGCAGAGGGCCUUCUCAGUGGUGGCACCCGCCCUGUGGAACGCCCUCCCUUCAGAUGUCAGGGAGAUAAAGAAUCACACAACUUUUAGGAAAAUCUGAAGGCAGCCUUGUAUUGGAAAUUUUUAAUGUCUGAUGUUUUAUCACAUUAUUAUUAUUAUUAUUAUUAUUAUUCUGUUGGCAGCCGCCCAAAGUGGCUGGGGAGACCCAGCCAGAUAGGUGGGGUAUAAAUAAUAAAUUAUUAUUAUUAUUAUUAUUACUACUACUACUAUUCUGCAAGAUGGAUGAACUUGAUCCAGUGAUACUGGCUUUCCAAAUUCUGAUAUUGACACUUCCAGAGACCCCUGCUGCCCCCUUGCCUCUUGGGGCCUUCCUAGUUAAUCCCCCAGAAGGGGCAAUACUACCCACUUUGGAAGCCACUAGUUUAGGCGCUCAAGCACCUCCUGCCUGUGAAUCCAGGUGAUGAAAGACACGGUCAGUUUAUCCCAAGAGCAGGUCAGGGUUUGGGGGCACAGGAGCAGAUUGUUCUGAGCCAGGCACUGAGACGCUGAGCGGAAGAUGCAUGUUUCCCCCCAAAGCUGAAGUAAUUAUGGGUUUCAUAGCGCAAAGAGGAAUUGUUUCAAGGAUGCUCUGAUGACCUUCCACAUGGUGUGUGUGUUGUUGUUGUUUAGUCGUUUAGUAGUGUCUGCCUCUUCAUGCCCCCUGGACCAGAGCAUGCCAGGCACUCCUGUCUUCCACUGCCUCCCACAUGUUGGUAGCUUCAAGAACACUGUCCCACCAUCUCGUCCUCUGUCGUCCCCUUCUCCUUGUGCCUCCAUCUUCCCCAACAUCAGGGUCUUUUCCAGGGAGUCUUCUCUUCUCAUGAGGUGGCCAAAGUCUUGGAGCCUCAGCUUCAGGAUCUGUCCUUCCAGUGAGCACUCAGGGCUGAUUUCCUUCAGAAUGGAGAGGUUUGAUCUUCUUGCAGUCCAAGGGACUCUCAAGAGUCUCCUCAGCACCAGAAUUCAAAAGCAUCAAUUCUUCAGCGAUCAGCCUUCUUGAUGGUCCAGCUCUCACUUCCAUACAUCACUACUGGGAAAGGUGUGUGUGUUAAGGAUGUCUUAAUAUUGACAGCAGGAAGGAUGGCGUUUACUGAGAGGCUGCCAAUGGACUGUAGUUUUCAGAAAGUCAGUGGUGCUCCUCAAGGAUCAGAGAGUCUGAGAAGGGGAGCCCAUAGAACCAAGCACCCCAACUGUGAUGGUACUGACCCCCAGAAUCAUGGGGCACUAAAAGUUGUCUCGUUUGUGUAUAUUGUAUCUAUGCUGUGCAGUAAUAGAUUUUAUCAGAGAUUGGCUGAUUGACCUUUAAAUGUGUUGUGGAAGCGGGGAGUAUUGGAUUGUCUUUGUCUUUAUUAUGCAUUUCAUGUUUUUUAUAUUGCAAUUUUAUGUUGAGAAUACAGGUAUAGGGUGGCAUGCAAAUUAAUUAAAUCAUCUCCAGCCCAGAUUUGCCUUCAUGUGGCAUCAGAACAUUCAAAGAGCCCUGCAGGAUCCAGCCAUCUCACCCAGCUUCCUGUUCCAGCAGUGGCCAACCAGAUGCCCAGUAUGGGGAACCCGCAAGCAGGAUCCGAGCGCAAGAGCAACCCUCUCCCCUCCCUCUCCCUUCCAGGGCCUUCCAGCAAAUUCAGAGGCAUUUUCUGCCGUGGGCUGUCGAGGCACAGCAAUGCCACCAAUAAAAUAAUGAUGUGAAAUUUGGGGCCUUUGCCUCCUUGGUUUUCUCUCUCUCUCUGCCUUCCUCCCAUCCAUAACCUGCAGAUGCCCCUUUCCCUAGACUCCAGGUUCAUGGAGGUGAUAGAGGGGUCUGUGAGGGCUAUUUUUCUGGAAACAGAGAUGCCUAAACUCACCAUGAACACCUCCCUCGUUCUCUGCGAAUGGCAAUGGCACUCACCUGAGGGGGGCUGGUCAGCAGGGGCAUAGCAGGGAUGGAUGGACAGCUUUCCUCAGUCCCCCCAUCCCCCCUAAAUCAAGCAAAUAAAUGAAAAUACGUAACUAACUGGCCAAUUGUGUCACAGAUAACUCUGUUCUCUCCUCCCCACACACAUAGUGCCUGCCCCGCCCAAAAUAAAUCCUGGCUACACCCCUGCCAGCAAGUUCUGGCUGGAAAAAACCCUUGUUCUACAGUCAGGUAACACCCCCCCCCCAAAAAAACACCACAUUCUUCCUUACAGGAAACUUAAAUAGUCCAAGCAUACCCAAGGCCCAAAUCUGGGGACCAGUCAAGAAGAGGUGCCACCCAGACCCCACGACACAAAUUGUGGGGGAAGAAGGCCUCUGAAGUGGAACACAUCUCUGUCCACCUGCGACCCCAAAAAACCCAGAGGGGGCAAAUCUUACACCAAAAUCCACAGUUGCAGGAGGGCUUCAUUUUGGUUUGGUGUGGGUCAGCAAACUUUUUCAGCAGGAGGCCGGUCUACUGUCCCUCAGACCUUCGGGGGGGGCGGACUAUAUUUUUUGGGGGGAAAUGAACAAAUUCCUAUGCCCCACUGUUACCGGAAAAAUCCGAGGGCUCCCUUGGGCAAAAAGUAAAGACACCAAACCAGAGUAAAUUGGAGCAAAUCAGCAGCCUGUAGGCUUGGCCUUUAUUGAACUGUUGCAACAGGGUGCUCCCCUCACUUGCAGGAGAGAGGAGGGACCCAGAAAAAUGGUGUGCAAGGCCUUAUAAAGACUUUUGAAAUUGCCACCCUGUAGAUCAAGCCCACCCCCAGAAACAUCAUGCAUACAUCACAGAAAGGAGGGGUUGAGGGAGGAGUGGUGGUGGUAACCUGAAUGUCCUGUCACCUGGCUGGUUCCCUUCUCCCCCUCCCCAUGAGUCAUUUUCAGAAGACAAAAGGUAGUCGCAGUUUCCUGCCCCCUGAGGGGGAAUCCAAUCACUGUUCUUUUGUUAUAGUCCGUGUUGAAUCCACUCGUGUAUGCAGUCCGUUGUGUUGUUGAUGGUCUUCUGUCUGAGACCAUCAGGGUUGGCAUAGCAACUGGGCAGGGCUCCUGUGGAUGUGCUGGGAUGUUCAAGGGAUUAUGGUGGCCUGUAUCAAACCUUCCCCAUUUUGUAGUCCUUCCUUCAUGGAGUAAAAUAAAAGUGGAACAGUGCAAAUCCGAUGUAUGGUUGAUUUUCUAUGAAUUUAUAACAGAAGCGUAGUGUAUGUAGUGUGUGAGUGUGAGUGUGUGUGAAGUUUGUAGGACCUGAAUGAUGGGGGGGGGGGGGGUUUCCUGCUACACCACAAAUAUCCCAGAGAUGCAUUUUAAAUAAAAGCACACAUUCUACUCAUGAAAAAACACGCUGAUUCCCAGACCGUCUGCGGGCCAGAUUGAGAAGGUGAUUAGGCCAGAUCCGGCCCCUGGGCCUUAAUUUGCCUACCCAUGGUGCGGAGGCUGCCUGGCUGCUGCUUCCAAGGGAAAAAGCUGGAGCAACUGUGUUCUCUGGAGGCUGGUCCUGGGGGUGGGAUGAGGGAGGGGGAGCCGUUUUCCCAAGGGGGGGGGUGUCUCUCUCUAUCCUCAGCAGCGCCACCUAGUGGCCAAAGGGGAAACCAUGAAUGGAGAAAGACAGCAGGUCCCUUGCCACACCCACCCCUAGAUUCAAAAUGUGGGGCUUUGCACACUCAGCUAGGUUGUGCUCCCUUGGCUCCUGAGGGAGGAAGUGAAGCUGCUUCUCUUCCAGCUAUUUAACCAGGCAGGACAGACGUGUCUGAACUUGCUCCAAAGUACAUGCUUAAGACUAUAAUCUAUAUUUUGCACACAAGACUAUCCUACCUGUGUUCCCCUUGCUGCUGCAAGGAAUAAUGCAUGACUCCAACCUUGGGAUUUAGUAAGCAAAGCUUUUAAAGUUACUUAAGAGUGUGUGGUCUGCUGCUGGAGGGUAGAGAGAAGGGGCCAUGAGCUUUAAAGCAGAUUAAACAGGAUAUUCAAAAGGGUUUUCCAAUCUACAUUCCCACGUUAUACUGCUGCUUAAUUUUGGGACUGUUUUAAACUUUGCUGGGGGCUCUCUCCUGUUGGAGAGGGUGCAAAGCCCCACAUUUUGAAUCUAGGCACCCAGUCAACUAUAUUUUUAACUACCCACAUGUGGGUCAGAUCUAUUUUCCGCCCCCCACAGUGACCCCUCCUGCCUCUCCCCCAGGCCUCCAACCCUCUCUGGCAGUCGCGCGGUUCCACCUCGGUGUCCUCAGGAGGUCGGUUCCGGUGCCCAUCCUGCCGGCAUGAAGUGGUGCUGGACCGGCACGGCGUUUAUGGGCUGCAGCGCAACCUCCUCGUGGAAAACAUCAUUGACAUCUACAAGCAGGAAUCCUCUCGGUAAGCAGUGGGCAGGGAGGGGCGCUCAGACCUCCCAGGGGCCCCCACCUCUGCUCACAGGCAUGUCCACCCUGAGGCUUCCCUUCUGGCCAAAUGAGGGAGCAGCUCUCAGAUUCUGGCUCCUCUCCUGGGAUUCCCGCAUCGCAGGGGGUGGACUAGAGGACCCUCGGGGGUCCCUUCAUACUAUACAAUCUAUGAUCCAAUAACCAGCACAUCUUCCCCUCCUCCUGCAAAGGGGCAAAUGAGCUUUCAACCUGCAGGACACUUUUUGCAUUAGCCCAUAUCAAAAUACACACAAGCCAGAGCUUUUCUGCUAUUCCCAAACCUUGCCAGGUCUGCAGAACCUCAGCUGCUUUUGUUGGCUGCCUGCUCUGCUAUGUUUCUGCUCCCUCUUCCUGGGUCGGCUUCACAUUUGCAGCACCAAGGCCUAGAAACAGAACCAUGCAACCCUCUAUUUAUUAGUUGGUUGGCUGCAUUUCUACCUCACCUUUACCUACGGGACUGCCUCUCCUGGUAUGUCCCACGGAGGACCUUACGGUCUUCAAACAAGAACAUCUUGGAGGUCCCAGGCCACAGGGAGGUCAGGCUGGCCUCAACCAGAGCCAGGGCUUUUUCGGCUGUGGCUCCGAUCUGGUGAAACACUCUGUCCCAAGAGACCAGGGCCCUGCGGGACUUGACAUCUUUCUGCAGGGCCUGCAAGACAGAGCUGUUCCACCAGGCCUUAGGCCAAGGCACAGUCUGACCCCCUCCUUUGGUAAUUCUUCACAGAACUCCAGCCCAAUGGUUGCCAUCAAUUUGAUUUGAACUGAUUUUAUAAUGAAUUGAUUUUCGAAUGUAUUACCGUAUUUUACUGUUGUUAGCUGCUCUGAGCCCGGCUUCAGCUGGGGAGGGGGGGAUAUAAAUAAAAAUUUAUUAUUUUUAUUAUCUCAAGGGAGCUCCAGGUGCUGCAGCCUGGUUCUCCCUCUCCUUGUUUAACCCCCACAACACCCCUGCGAGGCGGGUUAGGCGGAGAGAGGCAGUGACUGGCUGAAGGCCAUGCCCAGUGGAGAUGUUUAAACCGUGGUCUCCCAGGUCCCAGUCUGACCCUCUGACCACUGGGCUACACUGCCUCUGAGGGUCGGGCACUUUGGCCUGCGGCAUCCCGGGUGAAGGCGGUGCCCCAGUUCUACACUGGUUUGAGGUGACCAUGACAAAAGACACCCCAUUCAGGUCCUUUCCUGGCCAAAUCAGGAACAUUUGUCUCAGGGGUGGGUUGAGGAGGAGGGGCAAUGUCUGGGGGGCUCACCCAGCCUUUCCUUCUCCCUGCUGUGCCCCCCCCAGACCCCUCCAUGCCAAGGCGGAGCAGCAGCUGAUGUGUGAGGAGCACGAGGACGAGAAGAUCAACAUCUACUGCCUCACCUGCGAGGUCCCCACCUGCUCCAUGUGCAAAGUCUUUGGGGCCCACAAGGACUGCGAAGUGGCCCCUCUGACCAACAUCUACAAGCGCCAGAAGGUACCAAGCAGCAGAGGCAGCAGGGGGGGGGAGGCCCUGCCCUCUCCCUGCAGCCCCACUGGCACUCUCUGGCCUGAGCAGGCAGGGGGGGCCAGAGGGGGCAGGAGCUGCCUUUGGCUUUGGAGCCCUGGACACAGUGGUCCCACACCACCUCCGAGAGACUCCAGGGGUUCCAGUCGCUGACGCAGGUUCUGUUUCCUUGGAAUGAAGGUCAGCGGAGACUGUGGUGCCUUUAGGGUUUCAUUUACCCAUAUAUACAAAGGAGGGGAUGCGGGUGGCGCUGUGGGUUAAACCACGGAGCCUAGGACUUGCCAAUCAGAAGGUCAGCGGUUCGAAUCCCCGAGACGGGGUGAGCUCCCGUUGCUCGGUCCCUGCUCCUGCCCACCUAGCAGUUCGAAAGCACGUUAAAGUGCAAGUAGAUAAAUAGGUACCACUCCGGCAGGAAGGUAAACGGCGUUUCCGUGCGCUGCUCUGGUUCGCCAGAAGCAGCUUAGUCCUGCUGGACACAUGAUCUGGAAGCUGUACACCGGCUCCCUCGGCCAGUAAAGCGAGAUGAGCACCACAACCCCAGAGUCGGCCACAACUGGACCUAAUGGUCAGGGGUCCCUUUACCUUUACAAAGGAUGGGCACAGGAUGGAGGGGCUCCCAGCAUCAGCACCCUGACAGGUCUUGCUUCUCCAUUAGCUGCAGCUUUGGAUUCAGCACAGAACAAGGAGGUCUCUGUGUCUCCAACUUCCAGCCUUCUCCCAACUCUGCUCAGCUCACCCACUUCACACUGGCAUCUAAGGGAGGGGGUGCAGGAGAGGCCCCCCCCCAUUAGCCUGGAGGGCCCCCUCACAGAUCUUGCAACAUGACGAGGACACUAAAGUGGUCAGCUGAGGUUGUCUUUGUGGGAAUGUUCAGGGUGGCAGGAGAGGAUAUAUUGUUUAUUUAUAUCCUUCCAAACUUGUGCUAGCAAGUUCCUUUACUUAGCAGAGUUACAUUCCCCUUCUUGCACGCACAGCAGAUAGCUGGUUGCAGGCUCGUGGGAGCCUCUCACUUGUAUACAAUUCAGUCUGUCUCAGAUUGAAUUGUACAUUCCUGGUAAGUUCUCUUAAAAGGAUAAAGACAUGACAAUCUUAUUGUCAGCUGGAUUCCUGAAGGCACACUUAGUUACAAACAUGUACAUGUGGAUCUACCCCAUAUGGAGGAAUAAUCCCAGUGCUUCUGCUGGCUGGCAGCUAGCAGAGCAUUCCUAGCUGAGAAGCGGGUUGAAUGAAGAAGUGAAAGCGAGAGUCCUGCGUGAUUCGUCCUUUUGUUACCUGGACAGGUAAGGUCACGCCCACCUCUAGUCACAUGCAAAGGAAGAAUGCUCCAGCCCAGGAGGAACAGGAAGUUUUCACUGGCUCGACCAAGGGUCAGCAAACUUUUUCAGCAGGGGGCCGGUCCACUGUCCCUCAGACCUUGUGGGGGGCCGGACUAUAUUUUGGGAAAAAAUAAUGAAUGAAUUCCUAUGCCCCACAAAUAACCCAGAGAUGCAUUUUAAAUAAAAGCACACGUUCUACUCAUGUAAAAACACGCUGAUUCCUGGACCGUCUGCAGGCCGGAUUUAUAAGGCGACUGGGCUGGAUCCGGCCCCUGGGCCUUAGUUUGCCUACCCAUGGGCUGGACCAAACAUCCCCUUGCAUGUCCACUCUAGGAAAACAAGGAAUGUUGUAUUUGACUGCUCCCAGUGGAUUACAUCCCACAGCCUUCCUCCCUCUUUCUGACUGGGCAGGGGGAGCUGAGCGAUGGCAUCGCCAUGCUGGUGGCUGGGAACGACCGGAUCCAGGCCAUCAUCACCCAGAUGGAGGAGAUCUGCAAAACCAUUGAGGUGAGUGGGGAGGAGCCUCCAUGCUCCCCCUGGGCGCCCGGCUGGGGCUCGUCUCUUCUGGUGGAUCCCCUGCCCAAGUGGAAUCUGGGGAGAAGAGGCCCCCCUGUAGAAUUUGCAGGGAAUUCUGAAGCCCCAGGAGAUCUCUGAGCCGAUUUAAAAACCUAUCAUUAUAUAGCCUUAAACCUUCAAAGUUGCAGUUGCCUUCGGACCCCCCUCUGGGGCCACAAGGUGACUCACGAAUAAAGGAAAUGGGUGAGUCCUGCCAAGGGGCCAACUGAGCCCUGCCCAGAUGGUGGCAAGAGGCCUUUUCAAAACCUGGCAGGCUGGUGGUGUCCCCUGGGGGGCAGUGGGACUACUGGGGGGGGGCCUAAGAUGCAGUGGGGUGCUGGAAGUUCAAAUUAAUCUCUGGCUUCAGGGUCACUGGGUCAAGUUCAUCCAAUCUGGCAUAUUAAUUAAACUGAAUAGUUUAAAUUGCAUUUUGAAUAAACGUGCAAUUCAUUGUUUUGAAUUUUAUUGUGUUGCUGUUGAACGAUCCUUUCCAUAGGGUGGGGUGGGGGCCUCUGGGGCAGAGGCUCAGAAAGGUUUGGGAGCCCACCACUGUUGUAAACAAAACUGCCCUUUUUCCCUUAUGGGGUAUCCAAGAGCCCAUAUAGAGUCCUUACAUAGGUUCCCUAUUGGUAGGAGAAAAUAACAGAGGCCAACCAGAGAAUAUUGAGAAGCAAAGCAGCUAGUAAGCCUGAUCUUUAUUGAUCUGUUGCAACAGGGUUCCCACAUGCAGGAGGGAGGAGGAACCCCGAACCAAGGUGUGCCCGCCCUUUUAUAGACAUUUUAAAUUCCCUGCCCUGGAGCUCAAGACCACCCCGUACAUCACAGAAGGGGUGUAACCCAAGACCACCCCCCAGAUACAUCAUACCUACAUCACAGAAAAGGUGGUUUACAGUAGAAAUCUGAGUGGUUUGUUUAUCUCCUGUCUGGCAGGUUACUUUAUUGGAUCGCUUGGGAGCCUAGCCAGUCUUUUGUAAGGAUAAAUACUUAGUUCCUGAGCCAGGUCACAGGCUCACACCCUUUUCAUAUCUUAAAUGUGCCCUUAGGAUUUGUGAAGGAAAAGAUAAUGGGGAGGCUUUUCCAUUUUCCUUUGACCUUGCAGAGAAAACAUAUGCUCAGUUUGGGAAUCAAAAUGGUUCCAGGUCGGUCUUCCCGUGCUGAUGCUUGGUUGGUACACUUAUGAACAUCUAAGAUAUCUAAGACCUCAGAAUUCCUGUCACCCCAGGCUAACCUGCUUCCCGCUCCCCUGGCAGGACAACGCUCGACGGCAGAAGCAGCACCUCUGCCUGCGCUUUGACUCCUUGUACAGCAUCCUGGAAGAGCGCAAGAAGGAGCUUCUGCUGGAGAUCGGGCGGGAGCAGGACGACAAGCUCCAGCGGGUGCGGGGCCUGAUCCGCCAGUAUGGGGACCACCUUGAGGUCUCCUCCAAGCUGGUGGAGUCAGCCAUCCAGUCCAUGGAGGAGCCCCAAAUGGCCGUCUACCUCCAGGUACAUGCAGGUGGGGCGGAAGGAGCGGGACGAUGGACAGCUCAGGUCUGCGGGUGGGGUGGGGGGCAGAAAAGAGUGGGAGGGGCUGUGCAACCCCGGGGAAAUCAAUGGUCCCCUUUUGGUUUGUGAAGGAGGUUGUUCAAAGGGUUCUACCUGCCAGGGCUGGUGCUGAAACGCUCUCUUUCUUUUCCUACAGCAGGCAAAGGAGCUGAUCAAAAAGUGAGUAGCAUGAGAUGGGGAGCAAGGAGCAGAGCCUCUCGCAUCUUUCCCAGGGGGCCAGGGGCUCAGCACCACCCCACAGACCAGGGGCACAACGGUGGGCCCAGCCAACAGAAGUGGGCAGCCCUCACCCAGGCGCCAAAGUUUCACCCCCUGACUCAGCCCCAUAUUGGCUCUCCUGGAUCCUCUUGACCUUGAGGUUCCAAACUGGGAGGCCCCCCCCCGACUCCCCCCCCCCCCCCGAGCAGCUGGGUCUCUCUCUGGGUUCAGAGUCAGCCUUAGUGCAAGUCCAGCUAUGGAAUAAGCUGGCUCUCCUUCACAAAUAGUCUGGCAACAGCUAGGGAAGUAAGUUUAAAAAUAAUAUUUACUUGGUUUAUAUUCAUGCGUUGGAUCACAACAAUGGCAGCAGUAAAAGCUUUGCAGGCAAAAUACUUCCAUGUUCAGGAUAACCUGCAUCCAAAGCCGCUCAAAGGAAGAGGGGCAGGGACAGGAAGUGUCCUCCAGGAAUGCAGGGGAAAUGACCUCACACAGAGCCCUCUCUACCAAUCGUAUCUCUAUGGUCUGAGUAUCCGCCUACCAGCAAGACAGCCCAGUGUUGUUAGUCCCAAGAAUAUGCAUUUGUUAAAUUUGGCUGCUAAUCUCCCACGCUAUGGAAGGGAAAGGAUAUCACGUUUCUUCACACACUUUGUGCUGCAACACAGGUGUAAAGUUGGCCUGCCUGUCUGUCUGCCUGCCUGGUGAAUGGGCUCGGUCCGACCUCUCUCCUCCUUUUCCCCGCAGAAUCACAGACAUGUCCAAAGUCUCCAUGAGCAGCCACCCAGAGCCUGGCUAUGAAAGCAUGGACCACUUCACGGUCAACAUCGACCAUGUGGCGGAAAUGCUGAGGACAAUUGAAUUCCAGACAGGUGAGACUCACACCUGGACCAGAAGGGGAUGGGAAGAAGGGGAGACUGCUGCCGGCUGGCCAUCUCCUUCCCUGGGCAGAGCUCAGGAUCGCUGGCCUGCUGGGCUGAGCCGCAGUCAGGGAAGGAGCUGGCAUCACCUGGGACACAAGGAAGAGGGAGCCCCACUGAGCCUGUCUGCUCCCCCAACCCCAAUAUCCUGGCAGACAGCGAUGAAAAGCUGGCAGUUUUAGUCUGAAGAGCGUUCACAGAAUCCUAGAACUGUAAAGUCGGAAGAGACUCCAAGGGUCAUCUAGUCCAGCCCCCAAUGUUGCAGGUACGAUUGUGUCUGUGUCUGCACAGAAGACACCUAGAACCCUGCUUGCACCUGCCAGCACAGCAGACACUUGGGCUUCCAGAAAACCUUUGACAAAAAAUUAUGCACGAUUGAUGCAGAGAGAGAAAAUGUCCCUUCCCCAUCUCCAUGAGAUCCUGCAACUUUUCCUGUGGUGGUGGGUGGGCAACAGUGUGGGAUGUGACAUCACAGAAAGCAGUCAAGUACAACAUUUCCUGUUUGCCCAGAGUAGACCCACAGGGGGAUGUUGCUCCAGCCAAGAGGACUUCCUGUCACACCUGGUCUGGAGCAUCCUCCCCCUGCAUGUGACCAGGUAGAUGGGUGUGACCCUGGGAGACCCCAUAAAAGGGCUGGUCACGCAGCCAUCUUCCCUUUUCCGCCUUAUUCCAUCCUGAUGCCUUUUGCUGUCUGCUGGCCCUCAGCCAGCAGCACAUGGGCUCAUCCCCCAUAUGGGGAUGAACCCCCACACUCUUCUCUAACUACAAGCUAAAGCCUGCUUUCAGGAUCAUACUGUGAACUGAAUGUAAGUAAACUUCUUAUAAAGAAGUGUCUUUAUUCUUAUAUAGUUGUGUCUUUAUUCUUUUUAAGAGGGAACAAAGGGAAAUUUGCCAGGAACAACCCAAUCUGGACAAGUCAGACUGGAUUGCUUAACUCAAGAGAUUCUAACGAAUCUACCAACUAGUUUCCUGCAAUAUACAGGGGGAUGUGCUCUGCUACUUGCUCACUAGCAUGAGCGCGGAAGGAUAAUAUUCAAUUCAUAUAUCCUCUCCUACUAUCCACAACAUUUCCAGCUGAAGGAAGGGCUUUCUUCACAAGGUGUCCCUGUCUCUCCUCCCCGCUUUCAGAUGCUGCUGGAGAGGACGCGGAGCAGGAGGGGCUUGGCCCAGAGAGGGGCUUGGAGGCAGAAGAGGGAGAUCAUCUGGAGGGGACAGAUGCCCCCGAGGGGACGGAAGGUGAGCUGGGACUGGAAGGGAGAGGGGGCAAGAGGAGCUGGCCUGGGGCUGCUUGGCGGUGGGGCUGGGGUUGGCACAGCCCUCAGGCACCGUGAGUUCUGGGUGGGUCAACGAGACCUGGGUUCCGGAAGAGUCCAUCAAUCUCACACCCGCAAUUUACUCAGGAAGCCAGGAAUGGGUCUGUUGGAAGAUGCAUGAGGGAUAAGAGAAAUAACUUCUUCACGCAGUGAAGAGUCAAACUGUGGAACUCCCCUCCUCAGGAGAAUAUCAAAUUCAUGGAGGAGGAGAGGGCUAUCAAGGGAAGCCACAGGAGGGGAGGGGGCUCUUGGGAUCAGAUCCUGCUUCCUGGUUUCUUUGUGGAGCAUCCAGCACUGGCAGACUUUGGGCUCUCAAAUGUCAGCAGCAGCCUAGAAUUGCCCCCCUCCUUGUUCUCCAUUCUACAGCAUUGCUGUGCUGCCCCCUGCCGUGCGGCACCCAGUAUGACUGCGCUGCUCAGGCGGCUGUGGAACUGCCUCUGCACCUAGGUGGCCCCCGUGCGAGAGGAGGCUGGGCUGGAGGGGCCAGUGGCUGCCGGACCCAGUCGGUUUCUCUUCCGUUCUGAAAGCAAAUCUGGUGGCGGUGGUGGGAGAGCUCUUCCUGUCCCUCUUCCAGUGAUGGGUCUCUGUGGAACUGACUGUUGUAGAAGCUUCUGUGUAGAAUCAUAGAACGGUAGAGCUGGGAGGGACCCCAAGGGCCAUCUAGACCAACCCCAGAGGUGGCUUUAGGGUGUCAUGACCGGUUUGGCUGCAAUGGGCGCCGAGCUGCAGAGUGUAGAACAGAGUGCGGGGGGGGGGGCACCAAAUUUUAGCACCACACAGGGCACUGCUGAAAUCGGAGACCCCAAAUUGACCACCGCCGACCCCCUGAAAUGCACGCAUCACAGGUGAAGAAGACAAAGAAGAGGAGGCCAGGACUGCUCAGCUGGCUUUGGCCGGAAGCAUUCUCACUCCAUCAGGGUCCAGGCAGGCAGCAGCAUAGGCCAGAGGUCACAUCCCAUAAUAGAGGGAAGGUCCAUUGUGCUUGGUGGUGGAGCACCUGCUCUGCUUGCAGGUACGCUCCCCCAUCCGCCCCAGGGGCUUCCCAAGGUAGGGCUUCAGAGAUCUUGGGGGGCCGCUGUCCCCUAAGCUCAAUUGACCAAGCAAGGGCCUCACUCUGCGCCAGGCACCUGCUUCCUCUCUUUCUCUGAGCUUGGGCUCAAACACGGGCCCUCCCCACUGGCAGAGCCUGACGUGUGAACCAGAGAGUUGUUGUAGAGUUGAAUGGGAUCCACAGAGUCAUCUAGUCCACCCCCGGCAAUGUCAUGGGCUUCAGGGCUCUUGGGUCUCUCUUUUCUCUGCCUAGAUGGAGAGAACCUGCCCCGGCUGAGGCCAAAGCCAGCGAGUGCCUCUCAUGGUAAGUGAGUCCUGGAUGUCACCCUGGGAGACCCCAUAAAAGGGCUGGUCACGCAGCCCUCUUCCCUUUUCUGCCUUAGUCCAUCCUGGCGUCUUUUGCUGUCUGCUGGCCCUCAGCCAGCAGCACAUGGGCUCAGCUCCCAUAUGGGAUGAACCCACACUCUCUUCUGUAACUACAAGCUAAAGCCAGCCUUCAGGAUCAUACUGUGAACUGAAUGUAAGUAAACUUCCCCAGCACACCUGCCUCAGGCCAAAUGAGGCUCCUGGGGGGGGGGGGUCAGGAAUGUGGAUGUGGCUCCAGCUCCUCCUGCCCCCCCCCCUUGGGGAUCAGCCUGGCCAUGAGCUCCGUUGAGCAUCUGCAGCCCAUUGGCUCAGCACUGAGUGGGGCACAGUCUGGCUCCCCCCCAAGGCAUCUCCCCGCCUCCAGAAGUUUAAAAAUCUGAGGUUUUUAAAGAAAACCUGAGGACUCCCAAAUGCACAGGGCUCCCACGCCUCCUUGCUUUUCUGCUCCGAGCUGGACGUAAAAGAGAAAUUGGGGUGGGGCUGCCCUCUCUCUUCCCGGCCGAUGAGCCCAGGCACCCCUCCCCCAAUGCUGAGUGUGGCUCUUUCCCUCUCAAGCAGGUCAGCACUGAGGAGUCAAGCAGCAGCGCUCCCCCCGCCGCCCCCGCCAAAGGACUGCCUCGCUUUCGCCUGCACUUUGCCGAGUUUUUAAUCUGCCGAGAGAAUAAAGUUGUGUCACGUUUGCUAAAGCC